AUGAAGAACAAGCCGGACCUGGAGGGUGACAUCACCUACAUCAAGACGCCCAAGGCGGCGCCGUCUGCCUUUGAGGCGGUCGAUUGUGGCGUGCCCAUCACUCACUCUCCGUCCAUCCACAAUGCCCCUCUGCCGGCCGAGGGCGCCGGGAGCGAGGGCUUCUCCAACAUUGUUCUGGGGGUCCUCCUGGUGGGCGUGCCCUACUUCCUGAGCCGCUUCGUGGGCGGCGGCCUCAAGACGACCGUCUUCUUUGGCAUUCUCACGCUUUUCCCCAUUCUCAUUGCCUACUGGACCUACAUGUCCAACUUUAGCCCGCGCAUCAAUGAGCAUGUCAAGCUGCCUGGCCGCCCCGUUGAGUCGUACGUGACCUUCAAGGAUGCCGCCGACCAGGCCAAGUGGAGCGGAGCCAACAAAGUGCCCAUCCAGACCUUUUCGGAAAUGUACAUUGAUGGCAAGGCUGAUUUCAAGGGCGACGUCUUGGACGUGCUCGAGUACCGCCACGACUGGUCCAAGUUCAGCUUCACCUGGGAUCUGUUCAAGUACAUUUUGCUCACCUUUGGGCCCGACGUGCUCUUCCACACCAAGGACCAGGACAUGGAGCAGAUCCGCCCCAACUACGAUUCCGGAAACGAUCACUAUGCCUGGUUCCUCGGCCCCCGCAUGAUUUACACCAGCGGCAUCAUCUCGGACACGACGCGUGAAGAGACGCUGGAGGAGCUCCAGGACAACAAGAUGGCCAUUGUGUGCGAGAAGCUCGAGCUCAAGGAGGGCGAGACCCUUUUGGACAUUGGGUCGGGAUGGGGCACGCUGGCCAAGUUUGCCAGUGUAAACUACGGAGCAAAGGUUACCGGCAUCACCAUUGCCGAGAAUGGCGCCGCCUGGGGCAAUGACGUGCUGAGAAACGCGGGCGUUCCCGAGGAGCAGAGCCGGAUUCUGUGCAUGGACUACCGGGACGCCCCCAAGCAAAAGUACAACAAGAUCUCGCAGCUUGAAAUGGGCGAGCACGUCGGCGUUCGAAAGCUCACCACCUUUUUCCGCCAGUGCUACGACAUGCUCGAGGACGACGGCGCCAUGUACGUUCAGCUGUCUGGUCUCCGACAGGCCUGGCAGUACGAGGAUUUCAUCUGGGGCCUGUUCCUCAACAAGUACAUCUUCCGAGGCGCCGAUGCUUCGACACCCCUGUGGAAUUACGUCCGGUCGCUCGAGAGCGCUGGCUUCGAGGUCAAGAGCGUGGAUACCGUCGGCGUGCACUAUUCCGCCACUCUCUGGCGUUGGUACCGCAACUGGGUAGGAAACGGCGAUGCCAUCACGGCCAAGUACGGCCAGCGCUGGUACAGAAUUUGGGAGCUUUUCCUCGCUUGGUCCGUCAUUGCCUCCCGCCAGGGAAGUGCCACGUGCUUCCAGAUCCUUGUCGUGAAGAACCUCAACUCGGUCCACCGCAUCAACGGCGUCGGAUCACAAUUCGGCCUGUCUGGAGCUCUGGCCACCAGCCGUGCAGCCGGCAAAGCGUCUCUCCCCAAGUAA